AUGCAUCCAGCUCAGGUCCUCGUCACCGGUCAACACCCACCUCUUGAUCCCAGGGGUCUUCCAUUAAGGGUACCAGCCCUCAUUCCCAUACAAGCACCCAUUCAUACCGCUCCACCGUCCACCUCGCAGUCCGCUCCGCUCAACCAUCACGCAAACAUUCACCCACAACAGACAGAACCGCUUCUGUACUAUGGGCCGUCUCUGCCACAACAGCAGCAACAAAUACAACAAACGCUGCACCAGCAGCAACACCCCCCAUCGUACAACCCUGCCGCCCUACAAAAUCACGAUCCCAAGGCCCUCAACCAGGUUCCCACUUUAAACCCACAUAAGCCUCCUACCUCACAAAGCUUCUUCCCCAACGGAAUUUCAACCGACACGGCCGCCUUCCCCGACCCUGCCACUGCCACACGUGUCAUAUCGGAGCGCUCGGCAAAUGCAAAGGCUCAAGCGCACCUCGCAAUUGCCAACGCCCAAGAACAAGCAAAAGCGGAAGUCCGACGCGGUCAGCCUCGCGAAAAUGAUCGUCAGCGUCAAGCUUCAAGUCAAGACCACAAUCAAAGUCCCCAUCAGCCUCAACAUCAGCACCAUAAUCUUCAACCUUCUCAGCCCGAUCACAACGAAAUUCACCAAAGCGACCCUGUUUCACAGAUUAACCCGCAAGGGAAUGACGUCGAUGUGAAUACCGCUGCGGUACUGCAGCAAUUGCAAGACGGCCUAUCCCACCACCCCGACACGGCCGAGCACCAGUCACAUGGCCAGGGUCAGCUUACCCCAGCUCAACUCGUUGUCAAUAUGAAGGCUAUGUAUGAAGUACAGCAGAAGAGUACACAACAAAGCAGACCCACACACAUUCCUACACCGCAACUGAUUUCUCAACCAAACCCGCACGACGUGCCACAAGAACAGCAUCAUCACCAACCCACACAUCAUCAACCCACACAUCAUCACCGUGACGAACAGUUUCAACGACUGCAUGACCACCAUCACGGUGACGCUGUACAAGACAAAAAGGGUCUCAGCGUGAGCGGGGCAAUGCCUCCGUUACAUCAGUUUGCUGCGCAUGCUUCCCACUCGCAACAGAACACCAUUGAUGUUGACGCUGCAACCUAUCAGCUGGCCGGUACCAGACUCGAAGGCGAAGAAGUUAGUGCAGUCGCGGCUGCCAGUGCUGCCAUGCGCCGACAAAAUCAGUCCCCGACAUAUGACAACUCGAACAUCAUGCGCACAGAUUCAACGGACAUGGACGUCGGCUCCACCACCCUGUCCUUCUCCGGGAGCGGCACGGACUCGGUGGCCUUGGCCACUGGUAAAGAACAAUUGCAGCAGCAGCAGCUGCGACGACCAAAUCAACCUGAGAACCAAGAUUUAGAAGAUGGCAAGGAUGCCAAGAAGGUACGCGCAGACCAUGUGGAUAAUUUCUUGAACGGCCAGCCGGCCUCAUUUAGCUUUCCGGCAAACGGCCAGAUGUUUGAUGCGUUCCAACUGCCAAAUGGAAAAAUCCCCCCAUCAAUCAGCCAGUCGUUUAGCUUCAUCAUGAAAGGCGGCCCUUCGAGAGAAAGUUCAAUGGAGUUUAGAAAAAACACUUUGAACGGAGGGAACCGAGACAUGUCCAUUGAUUUUUUGAAACGGGACUUAUCAAUGGAGCUCGUCAGCCAAGUGAGGAAAUCGUCUGGGGAUCAGGUCUCAAGUGAACUUCCUCGUGACAUGAGUGUCGACUUCCUUGGGAGGGCUUUAAGUCAAGCAAACAGAGACUUCAGCAUGGAAAUGCAGUUCCCGCAAAAUCAUCUCCUGAACCUUGCCGGCAAAGGCAUGAGCAUGAGCCAUCCCGCCUUCACCGCCCAGGGGGCGAUAACUGUCCGGUGCACAAUCGAGAGAGGAUUUGAAUCGCGAGUUUGUGUCUGCGGGGUCAACCGGCCAGCAAGGAGAGCAGAGUCGUCCCGGGGGCGUCAUGCGCUCAAAGAUUGGUCAAUCGCAGGAUGAUCUGAUGAUCCAUACGUUAGGGAAUCAGGCCAAUUUGCACAACCGUCGACGAGGAAUCAAUGGAAGUAUUGAGGACUUUCGUGAGGUCUUGCAUCCGUUUUAACAAUGCUUUAAUAUGAAAUCUUUUCAAUGUUCUAUAGACUGCUGAAUGUACAGUAUUGUAAAGUAGGAGUCGAGCUCGGAGUGUGUACGUUUCUCAUUU